AUGCUGGAGAGAGAUGCUUCGAAGGGAGGUAUCCCGGGAGCAGUAUGGCUGCCAGACGACACAGCCAAAAAAUUGACAUGUGAACAACCCUUUAUUGGGGCGACGCUGAAGGUUUGGUACCGGACACGCUUUCGGCUCUCCGGACACGCUACUCUGCUCCCUUUCGAGAAGACUUGCUCUAAAGGUGAAGGCCUCCAUCGGGGUAUAUCGGUCCUCUACACACUCCUGCAGCAGGCGGAUGCAGUCCCUCCUAUGAAGUUCCUGGUGCAAUGGGAAGAGGCACUACACACAACGUAUACUCCGCCCAAAUGGGACAAGAUGGCCUUGUGCAAGUCCCUCAGCUCAUGA